CGACUCGGAUUGCACUUUGACAGUCACGACAGAACGACCAUCAUUGUGACAGAGCGCUCUGCAGUCUGUACCAAACUUGUUCCACUGUCGAUUGAAAAAAUGGUAAGGAAACUUCAAUAAAUAUUUUCUAACACAUUAUUAUAACAGAAUUAGCCUGAAAUUUGUAGAAAUUGCAAGGGAAUAGUAUAGUUUUAAAAAACAUAAAUUGUUCACGUCUGAUUGGGAGCGAACGGCUAGAAUCACCAAUGGCAACUGUGCAAUGCGCCAGUGUUAAGACGGCUAGAUAGACGCGUUUAAUUCAGCAAAAUUGAUCAAAAACUGUCAGCUAUAUUCAUCUGUCAGCUCGAAAAGGGUUCUUGGGUUAAUUUAGCUUUGAAAUGUUGCCUAUAAUUGACCACAAGUCGGGCAGCCAUGUUGAAAGAGUGUUUACAUGCUGAGGCGAUGUUCAAAAUCUGUCAUUCAAAAUAUCAUGUUCUUCUCAAAAUAAACAUACUAGGUUUUGUACAAGUAACAAACAGGUCUACAACUUUACUAAUAUCGAGAAUUAUAGGCAUAUAAACCCGUUACCAACUUUGUACACAUGCGUUAUAUAUCGAGUGUGUAGUCUACCAAACUCAUUAAUAUGCAGACACAAUUUUUAAAACCCCUCGCCUCUAUUCGGGGGAUUUCGGCCUUUCGCCUCGUUAUUCUAGUUUUCCAUUUAAACUCAGUGUUAGUUUGCUUCAAAAUAAGUCCUUAACGUUGUUAAUAUAGACAUUCAAAGUAUCUUUUUAGUAUUUUAUAAGACAUUGACAUUGUUUAUGUCAGUUACAUAUGGAAAUUCGAAACCACCUGUUAUAAAUGUUGUGCAUUCCCGUCUUCGAUGUGAUGUUUAUUUAAACGCAUAUUAACACAGCUUAUUAACCUUUUGAACAAACUACAGAAUUGUCGCGUUGAGAUUAGCUCAUCUGUUAUGAAAUCACCCAUUUGUAACAACCAUUCCCAUUACCAAAAAAAUGUGGUGUAGACGUCGUUAGUCUGGUAUGUUUUAGAAUGACAAUUAAAAGCUUAGGCUGCAUCUUCAGUAAAUAAUGAUGUUUAAACGAUUCAUUUACGAGAAAUCCCAUAAUUUCCAAUCGCUUUUAAUCGCACUUGAACUUUUGAAAAUCUUAUAUACUUUACAUUUUACAUUUUACAUUGUCAAUGUGGCAAUGCUCAAACUAGCAGUUAAAUCACCAUUCUCGUACGCGGAAUUGAGAACUGUAGCUUAAUUUUAUCUCCUCUAGUCCUAUAGUAUAGGAGGGUCAAUAUUUGGCGACCAUCUGUUGCCUCGUAUCGCUUACUUAAAGCCAUAAAUUCCACCCUGGUUGUAAUGUGUGCGCAAACUUUUGCGGCAAAAAUGUCAGUUCAAACCAUUGCAGAAAAAUAACAUAUGGUUUCUGUUCUUUUAAGUUUUCGUUUUAGGGCAUAUAAAGUCGAAUUAUCUGGUUGCUAUAAGACUGUGUAUACGUUAAUAUUGUACGCACACAAAGCAAAACAGAUAUAACAAAAAAUUCACAGCGUGAAAAGCGACCUCUAUUUUUAACAGCCAGUCCAAAAUUGGCGACAGUGAAUAGCGAUUGUUCGUACCGUUUCAAUGCGACAAUGACGUUUAACAAAUGGAAGCAAUUUCUCAAACAGACUGAGAGUGGUUUGUCUCUGCAUAUGGGGUUUUAUAAUAAAGAUAGAAAAAUAAAACCCCUAUCAUAUUAUAUAGUUUUCAAGGCUGUGUAAACUACUGUAGUCGACACAGACGACAGUUAAAAAUUGUUCAUUACAUGAACCGCCAUGAUAUCAGUUUGCUCGCUUUCACAAGACACAAGGCCAGUUUAGGGCCGAUUUACAUUACACAACGUUUGCCGAAAACUGUCGCAUGCAACCUGCUUGCAACUUGAGUUGUACUGUGUAAAUCAAGCACACAACACGAGCAUUAUUAAAGAGCUGCCUACAUGACAUGUGUGGCAUCGAUGUAUUAUGAAACACUUGGCUCAAACCUCUGUGAACGGUUAUAGCGAAAUAAAAACUCAUUAAAUGUUUUAAAGUCGCAUAAUUGCAGCAAUUUAUGGUGAUUUUCGAUCGCUUCUUAUACAACCACACAAAACAGCCGGCGCCAUUACCCGCAUGAAUAACUGCUCACAGGGCAACAUCGAGGACAGCUUCUGAAUUUUGCUGCAAAUUGUGAAACGGGCCCGCUCACAGACUGAAUUUAGCUUUGGAGUUCUUUUAACACAAUGUUUGUAUGUCCUGUUUGCAAAAUGAUUCGUAUAUACUGUUUUGAAAACAAUGUAUCUAUAACGAUAGUUCAAAAUUUGAAAUGCAAUUAGUUUGUAACGUGUGUUUUCUUAUUGCAGAGUUACAACAUCACAGACGCGCAAAGAGAUGGUGGGUAUACUAUAAUAUCCAAAUGCAUGGCCUAUCGUAACAUGAGAGUUGAGACUUUAUAGAGCUACAGUAUCUAGUAUAAAUAUCAUUAUGUACAAUAGAACUCCGUGUUCGCUGUUAGAUUUCGUUUGUUAUGUCAAAUAAUUAAUAAGGUGUAGUCGUUUUAUCAUUCAUCACAAAUUGUGACCGAGCCAUUACGGUGUACUCUGUUCAUAUGGGGAAAUGUUAUAUCCCGGUUAGCGAGAAAACCUUUCGACUAGCCAAAUAAUUUUGUUCUGUUCAUAUGGAGAAACGUUAUCCCGCUUACCGGGUAAAGUUUCCGGCUUGUGACGUAGCACUGAUGUGACGCGCAAGCCGGGAAAAGUUAAAAACAGAAAAGUUGCUGGCACGACAGAAAGUUUUCCCGCUAAGCUGGAUAAUUGUGGAUAUGUUGUGUUCAUAUGGGAAAAGUGGAAAACAUUAUCCCGGUCACCGAGAUCUCACCGGUAAACAAGCGAGAUCUCGGUACACGGGAAAACUUUCCAUCUCACAUUAACGCAGUCUAACUUUUCAUAUUGUUUUCAUACCAAGGCGAGAUCUCGCUUGCAAAUUAAAUUUGUUGAAAUGUUUUCUCGCUGACCGAAAUAGGUGUUUAUUUUUUAUUGAUAUUUGAGGUUGGGUAAAUUUUUUUUUACUUUUUAAUAAUGGUUGAUCAGUAAAAUUUUUACCAAAGAAAACAUUUCUCUUCGGUCGUGUUCCAAGAUCCGCCAUGUAAAGUGUAGUGAAAUGUAUCUCAUCGUAAUAUUAAAUCCUAAGAAACUAAAGCCUCUGCGGAGGAGAGAGCUUCGGUGCUACCCAUUGAACUAUAAAUAAACUGGAAGGCUAACUGCUAUGAUGAAGGCCUAUGAUUUGAUGAAGCCAAAAUAGUUUUUCUGAGUUAUGAGCAGAAAUACUUGACCCCAAACGUCGGCUAUAUAUCAAAUUGAAGCUAUUGAAAAUUGCUAUUCGGUGUGGAAAUUUCAAGACUUCAGCGAAAAGAAAAAUCUUUAAAAAAUACAAAAACAACUGCAAAACGGCAAAUUAUCGGUAAUUAUGUUUGUAGUUUUUCAAUAUUUCCCUUUUAGCUAAAGUCUUGAAAUUUCUACACCAAAUAGAGUUUUUCAAUAGCUUUAAUUUGAUAUAUAGCCCAACGUUCAGUGUUGAGUAUUUCUGCUCAUAACUCAGAAAAACUAAAAUGCACUGGCUUCAAUCCCCCCCCCCUGAGUUAGCCUUCCAGUUUAUUUAUAGUUCAAUGGUGCUACCUUCCCCGCGCCGUAAAUAAUAGCCACUAUAUAAAUAUCCUCCUCACUUGAUUAUUGCAGAGUUUAAGGAAGUAUUCAAGAUGUUUGAUGUGGAUGGAGAUGGAACGGUAUCCACGGAGGAACUUCAAGACGUUAUGGCGAAGUUAGGACAAGCCCCAUCAGCUGAAGAACUCGCAGAUAUGAUCAAUGAAGUUGAUGAAGAUGGUGCGUAUUUAACGCUUUCCUAAUUGCAACACAUACACGCAUUUGUGGGCUAAAGUGCUUGACCUAUUACACACGUAAAAACGCACAAGUUGUUACAGGUCUGCAAACAAGUUAUAAAUCUGUUCACAAGCUGUCGUCAAGUUGUGUUCGCACUGCUUGUUCCCAGUUGUUUUAACAAUGUGGAACAAGCUGUAAACAACUUGUGAUAAGCGUGAUGGCACUAUUAGACUUGUUACAAAGUUGUUCUAACAAGUCUGAUACAGUCAUAAUAUAACACGAAUGUUACAAGGUUGACCACACAAGGUUGUAACAAUAUUGUUAUAUCAUGACUGUAUCAGACUUGUUGGAAUAACUCGUUGCAAGUCUGUUGGCCUCAUCAAACUUGUUGCAAGAUGAUAUCAACUUGUUCCAGACUUGCCAACCACUUGGAACAAACAAUGCGAACACAUCUUGUUGACAAGCUGUGAGAUUUUUACGAGUUUAGAUUCAGUAUUAUGGUUUGAAUAAUGAAUAAGGCUACAAACAAAAACCGCAUUAAAGAUGAGUAAGUCAUGUUAGAGGGAUAUUUAUGAACGUUAUGAAUACCAAUUCAGAAGCGGCGAUGUUUAUGAAAGUGUUAUCAAUACUAAUUCAGAUUUUACAGAUGAUUUCACGAAACUUUGGCCGCGCCAGUUGCGAGGUUGGUUGGGAAUUUGGGAACUAUAAACACGAGAUCAUCAAGUUGAUUGGAAACCGGCCAAUCCAAUUCGGAAGUUUCGCAUCAAAUUAUCGAAAUUCGUUACGAAAUUCCGAACCAAAUUCGCAAGCAAGUUCGCAAAUUGCAAACGAUUUUGGAAAUAAAUUUUAAAAACUAAUAACUUGUUAGAGAUUCCCAGCAGCCUUUCGCGCUCAUAUUCGACUGAAAUUAUUAUUGUUAUGAUAUUAUUUAUUAUUAAAUGAAGAAGUUUAAUAAAAUAAGUUUAGUUUUUAAGAUGUACCGCCAAAAUCGUUUGCAAUUUGCGAACUUGCUUGCGAACUUGGUUCGGAAUUUCAUCACGAAUUUCGAUAAUUUGAUGCGAAACUUCCGAAUUUGUUGGCCGGUUUCCAAUCAACUUGAUUAUCUCGUGUAUAUAGUUUCCAAAUUCCCAACCAACCUCGCAAUUGGCGUGGCCAAACUUUCGUGAAAUCAACUGUAAGUACAUGCUAAUGAAGCGGGAGAUUGUUCCCAUGGGCGGUGAAUACUAAUAAAGUAAACAAAUAAAUUCGUUUUACAAGUACUUUAAUUUAACAAGUCCCCAUAAAGAUCAAAUAUUAAAUGCCCAUGCAUAAAGAUCUGCAACUGCUCAUAUUUAAUUAAACUGCGGGUACUCACAGUACGAAAUUGAAAACUGAAUCGGCAGGUAGAACCGAUAAAAAGGUUGGGUAAAUGAAAAACAAAACAACUCAAGGGUUGGGUAAUAAAAAUGUAUUGUCAUUUCCAAAGCAUGACUCACUCAAAUAUUGAAGACUAAAAAGCAAUAUCAACAGUCAUAUGUCAAUACAAUAUGUACAUCAAUCCGAGUCACUGUCUUGAUAUUUUCGGAUUUGAUACAGUUUUGUACUUCAGUGUAAGUUCAGAUAAAGUUUUGACUUCACAAUGGUUCACAUUUUGUACUUCAGGAUCUGGCGCGGUGGAUUUCGACGAGUUCUGUCAGAUGAUGGCGAAGCAGCUAGCGACGGCGUUACGAGAAGAGCUUAAGGAGGCUCUGAAAACGUUUAGUCCAGGCGGAACUAUCUCGGCAAGCGAAUGGAAGAAGAUCUUGAGCAGUCUGGCUGAAAAAAUGUCAAAUGAUGAAGUGGAUGGUGUUGUAAAAGCAGCUGAUAAGAGUGGUCGGGGAAAUAUUAAAAAUGAUGGUGAGAUGUUUUUGUGUUGAAAGGCACGCCGAAUAGAGCAGAAUGGAAUGAUAUUAUUGGGAUGAGAUAACGGGUCUGAGGUCCCAGAAACACGGUACCGGAUUCGCAUCGGAGCGACAUCAAACUUUGCAGUUUCAAGGAGAGUUUAGCACUAACAAUUAUGAUAAUAUAGCAGAAGUAGUCAAAAACUUCAAAUAUGAAAAGUUGUGAGAGGCUGAAAAGUUUCAACCCAGAGCUCACAAGACAAAGAAAAACUUUCUUGUUCGUUCCAAUCCACGGAUAAUUUUCCUGAGUGGAAACUAGCCUUUAGUCGAUGUCGCUCCGCUCGCUCGACACGCUCCGAUGCGAAUCCGGUAUCGUGUAAUGUGAGUCUUUCGAUGUCACUUGUCAGCUAAAUUUCAAUCUGAUUUUCAUUGUUAUGGAAUGGAAUGAAAUGGGUGGAAUGAAAUGGGAUGAGAUGGGAUGAGAUGAUAUUAAAUAGGAUAAGAUGGAAUGGGAUAAGUAGAAUGGAAUGAGAUGGGGUGGAAUGCGUGGAAUGAAAUGGAAUGAGAUGGGUGGAAUGGGAUGGGUGGAAUGGAAUGGAAUGGGAUGGGUGGAAUGAAAUGAGAUGGGUGAAAUGGAAUGGAAUGAGAUGGGUGGAAUGGGAUGAGUGGAAUGGAAUGAGAUGGGUGGAACGGAAUGAGAUGGGUGCGCGGAAAUACCAGAUUUAUUUCACAUGUUAACAUGAGAAAUAAAUCUGGUAUUUCCAAGCACCCAUGUAUUUUUCUGUUUAUUAUAUAAAGGACAGUCUUUGAAAAGCGAUAUUUUUUACAGAAAAGCGAAAGUUGAAAAGCGAUAAUUUUCACAUGUGAGAUUAUCAUAAAUAAUCUCACAUGUGAGAUUAUCACUUUUAUCAGUGCUCGAAAUCUCUAUAAAGCACUAUACUUUAUAUAAUAAAGCACUAUACUUUAUAUAAUAAACCGGAAUAAUUAAAAAAAUUUGUGUUAAAAGUACGUGCUAAAAAUCUAAAAUAUUUUUUGUUUUUCUUCAGAUAUGGUCGGCGUUCUAUUUGGUUAAAAAGUUGGACUGCAAGCAACUAAAGUUUGCCCACAGUUGCCAAUUAACCCUCCUUAGACUGUAUUAGAAAAUCAUUUUAAAGGAUUUAGGUUUUGCGUUUAGGUUUCAAAUAAAAUAUAAAAAUAAUUCUAUACGAAACGUGAUCGCAGCGCCAGAGUUAGACAUUCAUGUAUUUUUUAUAAAUAAAUAAAGAUUCCAUCUUAGUGUAAUAAUGAAUAACAUUUUGAAACCUUUUUA